AUGUAUAUAUUGGAUACUUAUAAUUAUCGCGUGAUGAAAUGGCAAGUUGGAGAUUCUAUUGGUACAACAAUAGUUAAUGGUCGAGGUGCUGGUUCAACAUUUGAUAAAAUAGGAAGAAGUCAUGGAUUUUUUGUCGAUAGUAAUUAUAAUAUUUAUAUAUCCGAAUAUGGAAAUAAUCGUGUUACAUUAUGGUUUAAUGGAAAUAAUACUGUUGGAUUACUAGUUGCCGGUGGAAAUGGUGCUGGAAGUACAUCUGAGAAAUUAAAUUCUCCAUGGGGAAUAUAUGUUGAUAAUGCAAGUGGAAUAUAUAUUGUUGAUCAAGGCAAUCAUCGUGUGCAGUAUUGGCCUUCGGGUGCAAGUCUUGCAAGCACUGUAGCUGGAACAACUAGUAAUGCUGGCCCAUGGUCAUAUCAAUUUAGUUCUCCAACAUCAAUUAUGCUCGAUCCUUAUGGUUAUAUUUAUGUUUUGGAUACUGGAAAUGCAAGAGUUCAAAAAUGGUAUCCAGGAAAUCCUUAUGGAAUAACACUAUUAGCAGGAACAAUGAAUAGUCCAACGGGAAUGUCGCUUGAUUUUUCGGGAAAUUUGUUUAUCGCUGAUACUUCUAAUCAUAGAAUUUUAUCUUUUGGUUUACAAUGCCCAUUAACAACAACAACAACCACGCAACCACCAACCUCAUCUCAAAAUCAAAUUUGUGCAACCGCUGCUUGGAAUCAAACAUCUUCAGUAGUAGCUGGUAUAGCAUCAAGUGCUGGAUCAUCAUCCACGCUAUUAUAUAAUCCAUCUGAUAUUCAUUUUGAUGCAUAUGGAAAUAUGUAUGUUGCUGAUAGAACGAAUCAUAGAAUUCAAUUAUUUCAAUCAGGACAAACUGUAGGUACAACUGUAGCUGGAACUUCAGGUUCUGCUGGUAGUACUUAUGCACAAUUAUAUAAUCCAUAUGGAAUAUUUGUUACAGCUAAUGGAACAAUGUUUAUAAUGGAUACAACAAAUUAUAGAGUUUUAAGAUGGCAAUUAGGAGACCCACUUGGGUAUAUUGUUGCUGGUGGAAAUGGCAAUGGUGCAGCAUUUACUCAAAUUGGUGUAAGCUAUGGUCUAUUUGUUGAUGGUCAGCAUAAUAUUUAUAUAUCAGAACAAACAAAUCAUCGUGUUACUAAAUGGUUUAACGGAAAUACAACUGCUGGAUCUUUGGUUGCUGGUGGAAGUGGUCAAGGAAGUGCGAAUGAAAAACUAAAUUCACCAUGGGGUAUUUAUGUUGGUUCAAAUCAAGCAGUUUAUGUUGCUGAUUACGGAAAUCAUCGUGUAGUGCGUUGGGAUGCAGGAUCAAGUACCGGUGUAACUGUAGCUGGCUCAACAGCUAAUUCAGGUCCAUGGGCGUAUCAAUUGAAUUAUCCAACAUCAAUUAUAUUGGAUCCAUAUGGUUAUGUAUAUGUAUUGGAUUCUGGAAAUUCAAGAGUUCAAAAAUGGUUUCCUGGAGAUAGUUAUGGUAGAACUGUUAUAUCAGCUACAAUGAGCAGUCCAUCAGCAAUGAAAAUUGAUCUUUUUGCCAAUCUUGUGAUUGCUGAUACAUCUUAUCAUAGAAUAUUAUCAUUUAGUUUAUUAUGUCCUGGAACAACAACAGCAACAACUCCACCUCCAACUGUAACAACAAUUCCUGUAUGUCCAACAGCAACAUGGAAUUCAACAUUUACAACAGCAGCCGCUGGAACAACAACAGCAACAACUCCACCUCCAACUGUAACAACAAUUCCUGUAUGUUCAACAGCAACGUGGAAUUCAACAUUUACAACAGCAGCCGGUUCCACCGGCACGGCUGGAUCAACAUCGACAUUACUUUAUUAUCCAUAUGAUGUUGAUUUUGAUGCUUAUAAUUAUAUGUAUGUUGUUGAUUAUUAUAAUCAUAGAAUUCAAAGGUAUCCUCCAGGAUCAAAUACCGGUACAACAGUAGCUGGUUCAACAAAUUCAGCUGGUAGCGCACUUUCACAAUUAUAUUAUCCAACUGCAAUAGAUGUAACUGCUAAUGGAACAAUGUUUAUAAUGGAUACAACGAAUUACAGAGUUAUAAGAUGGCAAUUAGGAGACCCACUUGGGUAUAUUGUUGCUGGUGGAAAUAGUAAUGGUGCAGCAUUUACUCAAAUUGGUGUAAGCUAUGGUAUAUUUGUUGAUGGUCAGUAUAAUAUUUAUGUAUCGGAAUAUGGGAAUCAUCGUGUUACUAAAUGGUUUAACGGAAAUACAACUGCUGGAAAUUUGGUUGCUGGUGGAAAUGGUUUUGGUACUACACCAGAUAAAUUAUAUUAUCCGUGGGGAAUUUAUGUUGAUAGCAAUAGUAGUCUAUAUAUUGCUGAUAGAAGUAACAAUCGUAUCCAACGAUGGGAUUCAGGUGCUGCUAAUGGUAUAACUGUUGCUGGUGAUACGAAUGGAAAUGCUGGUUCAUUCUCAUAUCAAUUGAAUAGUCCAACAGGAGUUAUGGUUGACCAAUAUGGUUCUGUUUAUAUAUUAGAUUCAGCAAAUGCACGCAUUCAAAAAUGGACUGAAGGUGCAACAUUUGGAGUAACUGUUUUAUUAGCAACAUUCAGUAAUCCAUUGGGAAUGGGAAUUAAUGCAUUUGGAAAUUUAUUUAUAGCUGAUACAAAUAAUCAUCGUAUUCAAUCAUUCGCUGUAUACUGUCCUGUAACAACAACAACUGUUUCGCCGUCAGCACAAACAUCAGUACCAUUAUGCUCAACAGCCAUGUGGAAUUCUUCAGCAAAUGUAAUAGUUGGCCCAACAGGAACUGCAGGAAAUACACCAACAUUUCUAUCAAGUCCAUACGAUAUAAACUUUGAUAAAUAUCAACAGAUAUAUGUUGCUGAUUAUGGUAAUCAUAGAAUUCAACAAUACACAUUUGGAUCUAAUGUAGGACGAACAGUCGCUGGUAUAACUUCAAAUCCUGGAAGCACAUUAGGUCAACUCAAUAAUCCAUCUGCCAUCUAUGUUGAUUCAAAUGAUAAUAUGUAUAUAUUAGAUACAUCAAAUUAUCGUGUUCUUCAAUGGCAAUUAGGAAAUCAACUUGGUUCUAUAGCUGUUAAUGGUCGUGGCUCAGGUACAACAUUAGAUAAGAUAGGACUUAGUUAUGCUAUGUUUGUUCUUAAUGAAACAUAUAUUUAUGUAUCGGAAUA